AUGUCGGCGUGCUACUCACUUUUCCUGUUCGCUUUUGCCUUCUUGGUGUUCAGUUGCACCAAAACUACGGUUGCACCGACCCGGCAGGUUUCGUCAAGCACCAAACACCUCGACCGGUAUAUCAACGCCGCACUUAAGAGGGAAAGUAUCCAACCCUCAAAGAUGUCGGAAGAUGCAGAGUUUUUGCGCCGGGUUCAUCUCGAUCUGACCGGAAAAAUCCCAACUCCCGAAGAGGUCUUGGAUUUUCUCAAAGACGGUUCUUCAAACAAACGCCAGAAAAAGAUUGAUCUGUUGUUGGAUAGUGAUGUCUACCUUGACUACUGGAGCGGGUUAUGGGUGAACUGGUUAAUAGGGAGGCGCGAAGAUGGCGAUGAUAGACGCAUUGGGUUAACGUUUUGGGUGCGGGAUGCAUUGACGAAAAAUAUGCCGUACAAUCAGUUCGUUCAGGAACUCAUCGCGGCUGAUGGUGAAUUACGCGACAACGGCGCAGGAAACUAUAUCAUGCGUUACGAACGUUCGCCGGUCUUCCUGACUUCACAUACCUCGCGUCUUUUCUUGGGACUCCCUAUGCAGUGUGCAGAAUGCCACGAUCAUAAAACAGAAGUGUGGAGCCAAGAAGAUUUCUACGGCGUCGCCGCUUUUUUUGCUGGUAUUGAUAGCCAGCGGAAGGGGGACAUCGAGACGAUGGAUAUGGCAGGUAAUGAGAGAAAGAUGGACAAUUUUCUCAUUACUAACAAGCCAGAAAAUUCGAUUUGGGUGGAAAGACUUGAAAAACAGGUUCGUCCACACUUCUUAGGUGGGACAGAAUACAAAGGUUCACUCCUCAAAAAGCGAGAAGCACUCGCACAGUGGAUGACUGAUAAAUCAAACCCCUAUUUUAGUCAAGCAAUCGUGAAUCGUAUCUGGCAACGCUUUAUGGGGCGUGCUUUUGUCGAACCGGUUGAUGGAUUCGGAGAAGAAAACCAAUCCACCAAUCCUGAACUUUUGAAGUCGCUCGCAAAGGAUUUCGUCAUUUACAGCUACGACUUACAACACUUGAUGCGGACUAUCCUGAAUUCAGAGGCGUAUCAGCGUACAUCGCAAACGAAUGAGAGUAACAAAGACGAUCAACUCUAUUAUUCACACGCAUACGUGAAACCCUUAAGUGCUGAGCAGUUCUUCUAUUCCGUGCUGCAAGCCACUGGUUUUGAAAGGCUUCAACAGGUCAGAAUGAAAGGUAGCAAGAAGCAGGGAGGUGAAGAUAGGAAGGGUAUGCUGCGUCAGCUUGAACGGAUGAAACGCGAGCAUCUCAAAAAGUUUCUCUUUUUACUGGAUAACGGUGAGAUGGAAGAGAUUGAGGCAUUCAAUGGAACCAUCCCACAAGCACUCAUGAUGAUUAAUGGAGAUAUGGUGAAUGAUAGUGCGAGUCAUGAAGCACGCGGCGGUUUUGUAAAUUAUGUACUCGAAAAAUGGCGCGGACCGAUUGAGCGCGUGGAAUAUAUAUAUCUCAAUAUCCUAUCUCGGUUGCCAACUGCUAAAGAAAAAACCUAUUUCCGACGCUAUUUAGAACGGAGUCUCUAUCGAAACAAAGACUUGGCUUACGAAGAUCUCUAUUGGGUCUUACUCAAUUCAGCUGAGUUUUCGCUUAAUCAUUAG